AUGUCAGGGUUCGGUGCUCCCGGCGGCGGCGCCCUCAACGUCAAGCCCACCCCUCCAGAGCGUGGUUCUUUCCCACUCGACCACGAUGCUGAAUGCAAAUACCUAAUCUCCUCCUAUCUGCGGUGUCUGAGAAGGCAAAAUCCUCCCGGGAGGAAUAACGAAGAAUGCAGACUGCUGGCAAAGGAAUACUUGGGCUGUCGAAUGGAGAGAGGGCUGAUGGCAAAGGAUGAAUGGGAAAAUCUGGGGCUGAAUUUUGACAAGCAAGCAAGAGACAAGGAAUUGGAACAGACUGGUCAACCUGCCGAAGAAGCCAAGUGA